GGGUGGAGUUUCACUGUCACGGACUGACAGCCCUCCUGUGACAAACUAACAGGUGUCCUCGGACAGACACAUGCCGGGGCCCCGCCGACACCAACACUUUCUUUGAGUCGCUCUGACUGUCGGCACAAACGAUGCACUCGGCACAAAAAGACACAACUUUCACCAAGAUCUUUGUGGGAGGUCUCCCGUAUCACACCACCGACUCCAGUCUGAGGAAAUACUUCGAAGUGUUUGGCGAUAUCGAAGAGGCUGUCGUCAUCACUGAUCGGCAGACCGGAAAAUCCAGAGGUUAUGGAUUUGUGACCAUGGCAGACCGGGCCUCAGCUGACCGAGCCUGCAAGGAUCCCAACCCCAUUAUAGACGGCAGGAAGGCCAAUGUGAACCUGGCCUACCUGGGGGCCAAACCCCGGGUCAUACAGCCAGGAUUUGCUUUUGGUGUACCUCAGAUUCAUCCAGCAUUUAUCCAGAGACCAUAUGGGAUACCGGCCCACUACGUUUACCCACAGGCCUUUGUCCAGCCUAGUGUGGUCAUCCCUCACGUGCAACCUUCUGCUACCACACCUACGGCUGCGGCUGCCACGUCUCCGUACCUGGACUAUACUGGAGCAGCAUACGCUCAGUACACUGCGGCGGCCGCCACAGCUGCAGCAGCUGCCGCCUACGAGCAGUAUCCAUACGCGGCCUCCCCAGCACCAGCGGGCUACAUGGCUACAGCGGGGUACGGCUAUGCCGUCCAGCAGCCGCUUGCCACCGCCGCCACCCCAGGAGCUGCCGCUGCCGCUGCUGCUGCGGCCUUCAGCCAGUACCAACCUCAGCAGCUCCAGACCGAUCGAAUGCAGUGAGAAUGUGAAAACUGCUUUAUAGGAGGGAAGCUGGGAAGUCUGUAUCCUCCCACCAAGCUGUAUAGUAAGGGAAUGAGCCUCUCCAUCAAAGAGCAUGACAAAAACCACGGGAGAUGUGGCGGCACAUGCAGAGUUACUGUACGUUACGUUUUAUUCAAGUGAGAUCAGUAUUUUUCCACUGUUGAAUAUGUAUGAAUAUUUAAUAUUUAUUCUGCAGGGUAAUGUCAAAUAAUAAUUCAAGUAUACUCUGAACCUCAUAUCAGCCAUUGCUGGAAUUGUGCAUAUGGCAUAUGCGCGCACACACACACACUUGCAGUCAAUAGCAUACAGAAGACAGGUCCAUAAGUAUUUGGACAGUUAUGCAGUUUUGGUAAUUUUGCCCUUUAGUUGAAAUGGAACAGUCAAGAUGUACUUGUAAUGUGGACUGCUAGUUUUAAUUUGAGGUUUAAAAACUAUUGCAGUAACCAUUUUGGAAUUAAGACAGUUUUAAUAAACAGUCCCUCUUUUUUGCAGAGACCAUAACUCAUGGGAGAAAUUAUUGUUUUUAUUAUAAAUCAUCACUUUCUUAGGCAGCUUUCUUUUAGACCAGUCAGGAGAUGGAUACAUUAACACUUUCAAGUCAUGAAUAUGUCUUGGACUUCAUUUAUGUCUCGUCCAGAAAAAAACAGUGGUAAAUCUGUUCUGCUGAAAGUGAUUAGUGAGGGAAGCCACUAAGAUGUAAGAACUCUGGCAUUAUAGGCUUCAUUAUUAAAGAUUUUAAUACAAGAAAACUGAUCAAAUCUAGGAUUGUGUCUCCGAUUUGCCUUCAGUGAAACUGUUGCUAAAAUGUCCCAUCUUUUUAAGAAAGUUCUUUCCUGUGAUGCUGUAUAAAUGAUACCGCAACGCAUCUUAUCCAAUCACAGCCACAGAAGCCUAUAAGUCCUUCAGUAUCGUCAUGGAUGUCCUGAUGGCUUCACUGACUAGUUUCCUUGCACAUCACUCAGAUUUUGAUAAAUGCGUACUUGAGACAGAUUUACCACACAGUAUCAAAGUGUUCAUAUCCCUUAAUAAUUGAUGUAAAUGAAGUCUGAGACAUAUUCAGUGACUUGAAGAUGUUCAUGUAUCCAUCCCCUGACUUGUCUAAAGAAAAAUGAUUCUAUAGCUGAUAAUUUCUAUUAAUUUUACAUUUGAGUUUGUCCAAUUAUAGGCUAAACAUAUUUGCACUAUGUAGACAAAUGUCUUUAAUUCCAAUUGGUUGCUGUGGUGUUUUUUAAGCCUCUUCAGUUGAAUCUAAUAGUCUACACUAUCUUAUCUUGCUUCAUCUCAUCUCUAUUUUGAUGGUGUACAAAACAAAAUUAUGAAAAGUGUGGCGUGGUCCAUAACACUUAAAUACUUGACUGUAUAUGCUUUUAUGAUCAGCACCCCCCCCCCCCCCCCCCCCAACCGCCCCAUUGCCACCACUUUGAAUACAAAAGAAGAAAGUUGAUCAUGGCGGAUAAAAUUUUGUUUGGCAGCAGCAGUGGUUCUCCGGAUACCCCCCCCCCCCCCCCCCCAAAAAAAAUCACAUUUCUAAAACUUAAUGGUGAGUGAUGCUGAAAGCGUCAUCCCCACCAGCACAUCUCAAACUGAUCUCUGAUCAGACCAGUAAUUUGGCAACGCUAUGCAAUCAUAAAGGGAAAAACUUUUUUUUUUCUUUUUUUUGGGGGGGAUUUCUUUUUUUACUAUCAUUCUCAUUAUUUAGUGUAUAAUUUGUGUUGUGAAAUAGAUUAGUCACUUUUCUAGUUAAUGUUGUUUUUGUUUGUUUGUUUUUUAGCAGUAGAUGAUAGAAAAUGUUGACGCUGGUUGAAGCACUCGUUUAAUCUUCCCUUUAAACUGCAUCUCGACUAAGUUGAAGGGGAGAGGCAUCGUUGAAUGUGAAUCUCUUUCUUUGUCAUUAUGUGCCUUUAAAUUAUUAUAUUUAUGUAUUUAUUAUGCAGCCUUACAACACCAAUAAUAAAAAAAACAACCCUUUUAUUGCGUGUGUUAGUGUAGAAUGUAUGGUAAACUGUAAGAUGUUGCGAUGUGUUUCCAAGGGCCGCAUACUUACGGGAUGAGGUUAAAAGUGGGCCUGAAGUGGUAAAGAACAAAACAUAAGCAAAAAAGUACCGACAAGUUCAAAAACAUCCUUUUUGUUUUUCAUGCUAAAAUUUGUUUUCAAAUCUUUUAAUGUUGCUUUUUAUACUUGACCGGUUUGAUAAACGUGAGCGCUGUUGGCGUUUUAAAACCUCAUGUGACGUCUUUUUAGACGCCUGGUGUUUUCUAAUGCAAGGACGUUGUUAAUUUCACCUUUCAUUUUGUUCUGCAUGACUAAAAAUAAUGUGAACAUUUAAUACGUGAAAUAAAAGGAAUUUUACCUUCA